CCUCAACUACUAUCCAAAAAGCCUCAUUAUCUUCUUCUCUUCCACAAAAAUGGUUAGCUACAAUGCUGGAAUUGUGUGUGCACUCUUAGCCUUGUGUAUGGUCGUGCCAAGCUUGGCCACUGUUUACACUGUUGGAGACACCAAUGGUUGGGUCACUAAUUAUGAUUAUACCACCUGGACUAGUGGCAAGACCUUUGCUGCUGGCGAUAGCCUUGUGUUCAACUAUGCGAGUGGGCACACUGUUGAUGAAGUGAGCUCUAGUGACUACAGCACUUGCACUGUGGGCAAUUCUCUUAGCUCAGAUAGCAGUGGAGCCACCACCAUCCCUCUAAAAACUGCUGGGACUCGCUACUUCAUUUGUGGUAUUGUUGGCCAUUGUGGAAGUGGCAUGAAGGUUGCUGUAACAGUUGCUAAAGCAUCAACCACAACACCAGCAGCUGGAACACCAAGUACUAAUACAAGUACCACACCCACAACCACUACUACUCCUUCUACUACUACUACUGCUACUACCUCAACUAAUUCAUCUUCAGGGACCAUUCUUUCUCCAAUUGUGGCUGUGUUGGCUAUGACUUGGUUUGCUUUUUCUUUGUUGGUUCUCUCUUGAGUCUAGGCUUCUAGCCAGGUUGGAGGCAGUGCUCUUUCUUUCUUUUGGUGUCAGUCAUGUUUGUAUUGAGAUUUUUUCUUUACUUUUUAUGAAUGAAUAGGUUAUGUAAAAUUCAGAGAUUACGGUAGAGUAUUUGGGUAUGUUAUACCGUGAUGGAUCAUUGAGGUUCAUUCAUGUUUA